AUGGCUACGAAUUCAAAUAACGAUCCGUACUACUGCCCGACAAAUAUACCAUCACAUCAGACGUAUUAUCAGCAAGCACUAACGCAAGAGAGCAGACCUGAAAGACACGUGUCAUCAUCCACCAGUUUAUUGAGGGAUACACUAGUACAUGGCAAAAAAACAGUGACACAAAAUUAUGCUUAUUCAUAUACAAACAUAGAUGGUAUGAUUUCGUCAUACCAAAUCACACCAAACAGUCAAAUGAUUUCAUAUAAUUCAUAUCAAACCUCUCCUGUGGAAUAUCCAUCACCAUCUGAAAUAUCGGUGACGGAAUGUGAGGAAUUUCUUAACACCUUACAAUCAGAAGAACAAUGUCAACAACAAAAAUACAAUAAAUAUAACCAAAAUUAUCAAGAACACAAUUAUGUGCAAUCACAUAAUUAUGCUUCAUGUACUCCUGGACCAUCCACUAUUUCAAUGCAACAUGAACAAGACAAAUCAAAGCAGCAAGUCAUUUUUAAUGUACAACAAGGAUUGCAAAUCGAUAGCUAUAACAGAAAUAAUAAUAAUAAUAAUAAUAUAAGACAAAGAAACAAGAAUAUCAGGAUGUCCAAGCAUGACAGACAAAGAGAUCCUUAUUCUAACAACGUUGUAAAUUAUCCAUGGAUGUUUAAAAGGACAAAUGCCCAUCAAGAAAAUGGAACUGAGCAGAAACGCACGAGGCAAACCUAUACGCGCACUCAAAUCUUCGAACUGGAGAAAGAGUUUCGUUUACAUAAAUAUCUUGCAAAAAAACAACGUACAGUAUUAGCUCAAAAUAUUUCUUUAACUGAGCGUCAAGUUAAAAUUUGGUUUCAAAAUCGGCGAAUGAAAGAAAAAAAAUCACCGGUUACAUCCGUAAACAGAGCUGUAUCAACACCAUCGAAAUUAAUAGUAUCAGAAUCCAAUACGCAGAUGACAAUUCACGAAAAUCAAGUAUUAAAUCCAGCGCAACAGACACAAUUACAAUCUCCACAACAAUUUUACGAAGGACAUCAAUAUUAUUUUCCUAAUCAAAAUAUGUUAAGAACUCAUUAUUUAAAUAAUGGGCAUUAUUGA